UCGGUCCAUGCUGACAGUUUGAAGUUGCUAUGAUGGCGGUGGAUGUAAAAUCAAGAACAAAACGAUAUGAGAAACUCGAUUUUCUUGGAGAGGGUCAGUUUGCCACUGUUUACAAAGCCAGGGAUAAGACUACAAAUACAAUAGUUGCUAUCAAAAAGAUCAAAGUAGGUCACAGAACAGAGGCUAAAGAUGGCAUCAACAGGACGGCCCUCCGAGAAAUCAAGCUCCUUCAAGAGCUAAGUCACCCUAACAUAAUUGGGCUUCUAGAUGCCUUUGGACACAAAUCCAACAUCAGUCUGGUGUUUGACUACAUGGAGACAGAUCUGGAGGUGAUAAUAAAGGACACCAGCCUGGUCCUGACUCCAGCCAACAUCAAGGCCUACAUCCUGAUGACUCUGCAAGGCCUGGAGUACAUGCACCAUCAUUGGAUUUUACACAGGGACUUGAAGCCCAACAACCUGCUGCUGGAUGAGAACGGGGUGCUCAAGCUGGCUGAUUUUGGGUUAGCGAAAGCAUUCGGGAGCCCAAACAGAGUCUACACGCAUCAAGUGGUAACAAGAUGGUACCGUGCUCCCGAGCUGCUUUUUGGUGCCCGGAUGUACGGGGUGGGCGUGGACAUGUGGGCUGUGGGCUGCAUCCUCGCGGAGCUUCUCCUGAGAGUACCAUUUUUACCAGGAGACUCAGACCUGGACCAGCUGACAAAGAUAUUUGAAGCCUUGGGCACACCAACAGAAGACACAUGGCCUGGCAUGACCAGCCUCCCAGACUUUGUGUCCUUCAAACCGUUCACCGGAACCCCGCUGGAGCACAUAUUCAGUGCCGCGGGGGACGACCUGCUGGAGUUACUGCAGGGCCUGUUUACCUUCAACCCCUGCGCACGCAUCACCGCCACGCAGGCUUUGAAGAAGAGGUAUUUCAGUAACAGACCAGGCCCCACCCCUGGUCCACAGCUCCCUCGGCCUAACUCCUCCGUCGAGGCCCUGAAAGAGAAGGAGAACCUCACCAUCGGAAUCAAAAGGAAACGUGACUGUUUAGAACAAGGUUCCCUGAAGAAGAAGUUGAUUUUCUGAAACCGGUGACAUGGUGUGGGGUUUCUGCAUAUGGAAGUCCCAGCAUUGCUGACCCUGCUGAUGAAACGCCUUUUCUGUGGACCCAGCGGGGGGCGCUAGAGAAACUUGGUUACACAUUGUAACAGGUCGCGAUGCUCUGUCUGAGCCCCCUUGAGAAAGACUAUU